AUGCUCGGCGGCUACCUCCUUCUCGUGGCCGUGCUACUGCCGCAGGCCGCGCCCCAGGCGAUGCAAUGGCAGUCCACGACAUGCGCCAGCGGUGCCUACGCGGCCAACAUCACCUACCAGACCAACCUGGACCUGCUCGCCGCGGUGCUACCGGCCAACGUCUCGGCCUCGCCGGCCGGCUUCGCCACGGCCACCGUGGGCGUGGUGCUGGACCUCAUCUCCGCGCUAACGCUCUGCCGUGGCGACACCAACUCGUCGCGAUACGCACGACGUUGUUGGGCCUCCAAGUGCAGAGAUACGCACGCAGGACGCCCCAACAACAAGGACGUCGCCAUCUACCAGGACGACUGCGUCCUCUGCUUCUCCGACCAGCGCUUCCUGGACUUCGUAGGCGUGGAAUCAUCCGCCGGUACCUACUCCUCGGACAUGGAGAACCUUGCAGCCCCGGCGGCCUGGUUCAACGCCGCCGCUCUCGCGCUCCUCAACGCGACGGUUGACCAGGCUGUGGCCGCGCGCGGCGACCCCGCCAAGAAGUACUUCGCCACGGGCGAGGGGAGCUUUGACGCGACCUACUACCCGAAGAUUUAUGGGCUGGCGCUGUGCGUGCCGGAGAUGACGGCCGCGCAGUGCCGGGGCUGCCUCGCUGGCUUCAUCGGAGCCGCGCCGUGGUUCUUGUUCCAGAACGGGAAGUCCGGCGGCCAAGCUCUUGGGGUCUGGUGGAACCUGAGGUACAGCGUGAACCCGUUCUACAUGGGCGGCGCCAUGGUGAAGCUCUCGGCGCCGCCGGCGCCAGCACCCGCAGCCGUGCCUUCUAUUGCUACAGCAGAGACGCCAACAGGGAAGAAAGGGAGAGUGGCAGGGAUCUCUACAGGCGUAGCUUGUUUCGCUGUCCUGAUGUUGAUUCUUGCAGUCCCUGCUUUCAUUCGAUACAAGAGAAGAAAGCUAUCCAGGAGCUAUCCAGGAGCAUUUAACAAAACGGUGAGAGGGAAGUGCACUAUCUAUGAUUCUCUGACGCUGCAAGAGGCAACCGAAAACUUCUCAGAGAAGCAUAAGCUUGGAGAAGGCGGAGGCGGAACUGUAUACAAGGGAAACCUCCCGGAUGGACAAGAAAUAGCAGUGAAGAAACUUAUAGAUGGUGCUGGUGCUGGACAUGGACUGGAUUAG